AUGUCCUCAGUGAACCUAGCCCGAUUGGCGAGGUCGUCAAUGCCUCUGGGGAGGCUGGCGCGAAGCCCCAUGCCUUUCGGCACCAGGUCCUUCACCAGCACCCGUCCGGCCGGUUUCGUCCUUGCCACGGAUACUCUCCGCGCGAAAGAGGCCUCUCCCCACUUGACGAGCAAGUACCAGGUCAUUGACCACGAGUACGAUGCCAUCGUCGUCGGUGGUGGUGGUGCCGGUCUCCGAGCUGCUGUCGGUCUCGCCGAGGAUGGUUUCAACACGGCGUGUCUCACCAAGCUUUUCCCUACCCGUAGUCAUACUGCCGCCGCCCAGGGAGGUAUCAACGCCGCUCUCGGUAACCAGCAUGAGGACGACUGGAGAUGGCACAUGUAUGACACCGUCAAGGGUUCCGAUUGGCUCGGUGACCAGGACGCUAUCCACUACAUGACCAAGGAGGCUCCCGAUGCCAUUAUCGAGCUCGAGCACUACGGAUGCCCCUUCUCUCGUGACGAGCAUGGAAAGAUUUACCAGCGUGCCUUCGGUGGUCAGUCCCAGAAGUACGGCAAGGGUGGACAGGCCUACCGAACUUGCGCCGCCGCCGACCGAACUGGCAAGGCCCUUCUUGAUACCCUCUUCGGAAAGAGCUUGCAGUUCGACAACAUGAAGUACUUCAUUGAGUACUUCGCCGUCGAUCUCCUCAUGGAGGACGGAGAGUGCCGUGGUGUUCUCGCCUACUGCCUUGAGGACGGCACCCUCCACAGGUUCCGAAGCAACCACACUGUUCUCGCCACCGGUGGUUACGGCCGAACCUACUUCAGCUGCACUUCUGCCCACUCGUGUACCGGUGACGGUAUGGCCAUGGUCGCCCGUGCUGGUCUCCCCAACCAGGACAUGGAGUUCGUCCAGUUCCACCCCACUGGUAUCUACGGUCCCGGUCUCCUCAUCACCGAAGGUUCUCGUGGUGAGGGUGGUUACCUCCUGAACUCGGAGGGUGAGCGAUUCAUGGAGCGAUAUGCGCCCACGGCCAAGGAUCUUGCCAGUCGUGACGUCGUCUCCCGAUCCAUGACCAUGGAGAUCCGUGAGGGCCGUGGUGUCGGUCCCCUCAAGGAUCACAUCUACCUCCAGCUCAGCCAUCUUCCUCCUGAGAUUCUCGCUACCCGUCUCCCCGGUAUCUCCGAGACCGCCAGGCACUUCAAGGGUGUCGACGUCCGAAAGGAACCCAUCCCCGUCCUUCCCACCGUCCACUACAACAUGGGUGGUAUCCCCACGAGGUACACCGGUGAGGUCCUCACCAUCGAUGCUGAGGGCAACGACAAGAUCGUCCCCGGUCUCUACGCUUGCGGUGAAGCUGCUUGCGUGUCCGUCCACGGUGCUAACCGUCUCGGUGCCAACUCCCUGCUCGAUCUCGUCGUCUUCGGACGAUCCGUCUCCCACACCAUCCGUGACAAGGCUACCCCCGGCGAGGCCCUCAAGCCCAUCUCCGCCGACAACGGUUCCAAGCAGAUCGAGGACCUCGACAAGAUCAGGACCUCCAGCGGACCCCGUCCCACCGCCGAGAUCCGCAAGGCUAUGCAGAGGGCCAUGCAGGCUGAUGUCUCGGUCUUCAGGACGGAAGAGAGCUUGCAGGACGGUGUCAACAAGGUCAGGGAGAUUGACCAGACCUACCAUGAGAUUGGCAUUAGCGACCGUGGCAUGAUCUGGAACACCGAUCUUACCGAGGCUCUUGAACUCCGAAACCUCCUCACUUGCGCUUCCCAAACUGUCGAGUCCGCCCUCGCCAGGAAGGAGUCCCGUGGUGCCCACGCCCGUGAGGACUACCCUGACCGUGAUGACGUUAACUGGAUGAAGCACACCCUCAGCUUCCAGAAGACCCCCCACAGCCCCGUCGAGCUCAAGUACCGCAAUGUCAUCGCCAACACCCUCGAUGAGAACGACUGCAAGCCUGUCCCUCCCUUCAAGCGUGUGUACUAA